AUGUCGGGUUUAAGGAAACCACGGCUACCAACGCUCUUCCAGAGCCGAGCCACCGACACUUCACUCAUAAAUUGUCAGAAGUGUUUAGAGAAAGGUCACUGGACUUAUCAAUGUACAAAUCAACGAAAGUAUCUCAAACGCGAAUCAUACACCAGUAUACUAGUGAAAAAGCUUGAAACUCAGAAAAAGUCAAAGAUUCAAAAAAAAACAAACAACACUGAAUCAUCAUCCUCAAGCUCUAGUUCGUCCUCUGACUCUUCGACUUCAAGUUCUGGGGACGACUCUGAUGAUGGGGAAUCUAGCUCAGAAUGUAGUUCAAGCAGUAACGGAGAUUCUAGCGACGACUCAUCUUCCAGUACUUCCUCAUGUUGCGAAAGCAGCCGAUCUUCUUCCUCCACAAGUUUAAAGCGCAUAAAGGAAUGA